GGCUCUACACUUUGCGGGAAGAGCACAGGCAUCGGCAGCAGACCGUAUCCAAGAAAGCAACCUUACUCCAAGUGGAAUGAUGGAUUUGAUCAGGCAGCCCUGGAGGGUGCCUGUAAAGACUUGGUUGAUGAAAUGCAGAAGAGAACACCAAAUGGACCUCUUGUGAAACAGAAGAUGGAUCAGACAUUUGCUCUGAGAAGAAAAGAGGUAGUGGAGUCGGAACCUGCCAUAAGCACGAUGGUGAAACGCUGGCCUGCCCUUUUCACUGAAGAUCAAGUGUUCAUGGAGUUCAGCAGGAUUGUGGGCAAGAACCUCAAGCAGGAAUUCUAUGAGAGCAUCGACCGGCACAGUCCUCGUCUCCUCGAGUUAUUUCGAUCCAAGAGAGGGAAUGUUGGACAGUUGUUGACACAGAUUUCACAACAGACUAAUACUACAGAGCCAACUGCGAUCCGGACACAGGUGCUCAGAGGGCUUCCUAUCAUCCUUGGGGACAACCCCACAGACUUCUUCAAAGCAGGCUUUGAAUCUGAUGAUGACGAUUCUUUUCGUGACCUUGACAUUGGGAUACUUCUCAUUGAGCGUGAAAGUGCUGUGCUCACAUCUUCCCAGCAUCUCAGUCCAGCCUCGUUGAAAAUCAUCAUUGAGGGAGAAGUCGUGAUGGACAACAUUCAAGAUCUGCCAAAAGCAAUGUGCAUUCUGUUUGGACUCAUGUAUGCACUCCAUCUUAACUACCCCAAGACUAUGAAGCUCACAUUUCAGUUCAUCCAACAGGUAUUACUCUUGUUAGGCCACACUGACCUAAAGCCGAAGCUACAGACUUUGAAAAAUCAGCUCGCUAUGUAAAGAGAUGUCAAGUUUACUGUAAGAAGCUGUUGACAAAACUUUUUUUCUUACCUGUGGGGUAAACCUUUUUACUUUCUGUAAAACAAGUGGACGAACAGACACGCGUAAAACGCAGACACACACACACACAGACACGUACAACACCCACACACAACACACACAGACACGUACAACACCCACACACAACACACACAAACAACACUGACACACCUACACACCUUUAAAUGCUGUAGGAAGCGUGCUGAAGGAUGUGACUUGUGUGAAAAUUAAAACUGAGAGGAGUUGUAGCAGAAAGACAUAGGACAUUAUUGUUUCAGUUCUUCACCAAUUUACUUAGAUGGAAUUAGAUAUUGUUCUGAUAUGAUAGUCUGUUGGUUCAUGCUCUGGCCUCCCUUCAUUUAGGCAGAUGAAUCAGAUCCUGUUUGCGUUUUCUUGUACAUUUGAGUGGGGGUUUCUUGUCAAUUUUGUUUUGUUAAUGGAUUUACCACUUUAAUCUCAGGGGACAUCCAUGUUUUUUUCCUGUAAAUUUGUGACAUAUUCAACACCUACACACGGACAACGCCCACGGACAACACACACACGGACAACACCCACACACAACACAGACACGGACAACAGCCACACGGACAACAGCCACACGGACACACCCACACACAACACACACACGGACACACCCACACACAACACACACACGGACAACACCCACACACAACACAGACACGGACAACAGCCACACGGACAACAGCCACACGGACACACCCACACACAACACACACACGGACAACACCCACACACAUACACACAACACACACGGACAACACCCACACACACACACAACACACACGGACAACACCCACACACAACACAGACAUGGACAACACACACAUACACACACAUACGGACAACACACACACUGACAACACCCACACGGACAACACACACAACAGAGACACGGACAACACACACAACACAGACACGGAAAACAGCCACACGGACACAGACAACACCCACACACACACACAACACAGACACGGACAACACACAAACACAUACAACACCCACACACAUAAUUGUUUUUUAAUUUAUUUGAAAUUACCUUUUUCAGAUGAAUCAUUUCAGGGUGGAUGUGUUAAUGUUGACCUGAUGUUAAGUUUGUCAUAAGAAGAUUGGCUGUGUUUGGCCAUUUUUCUAAAAAAUAAAAUGCAUUGGAGCAUU